UUUUUCUCCAUUUAUACUUAACUUUUCAAAUUGCUAACUGUAUACUAAUGUUAUUGAACAGUACUUUUGUUUAGACAUAAUUACCGAACCCCAAUUUUUUUGUAUGCCUUGCAUACUACAGUAGGUGCACUGAUGUCACAUGUUAUACAUGUGACUUGCUGCAUAUACGGGAAUUUUAGCUUGUGACAUGAAGUUUAGUUUGAGCGUUGUGGCUUACAGCAAGAUUGUGCUUCACGCAUGCCGUUAUCCACACAGAGGAGUGAAUGGUGUGCUACUGGGGCACGUUGAUGACGGUGAUGUUUUGCGGUUGGUGGACGCUGUCCCUCUUUUUCACUUCGCGCUAGGUUUGGUUCCCAUGUUGGAGGUGGCCCUUUGUCAGAUUGAAAUAUAUACCAGAAAGAUGUCGCUUCAAAUAGUAGGCUAUUACCAGGCAAAUGAGCAUUUGGAGGAUUCUAGCCCAGAUACAAUAGCGUAUCGGAUUGCAGAUAAGAUAAGAGAAAAUGUGAUGUCAUGUCGAAGUCCAGUGUUACUUAUGGUUCACAACUGGAAUUUUGGACUGACCACUGGGGAUGUGCCACUAAAGGCUUAUUGUCUGGGACACGAGGGAAAGUCUUGGAAGAAACAAGAAUGGGAAGAUGGAAUAUUAGAAGGAGGCGCCUCAACUCUACAAUUUGUAUCAGGUCUUGUCACCAGUAAGGAGCAUGAAAAGCUUGUGGACUUUGACACACACUUGAAUGACAUCACACAAGAUUGGUUAAAUUCAGACAUAACUAAGACUGUAGAAGCGACGUCUUCCUGCAGACAGUGAUACAAAUUUUGAAACUGAUCUUCACUAAUUAAUCUAGGCAUAUGUAUGAAGUUUUGUUUUGUUGCCAUGGAAUAAUAUAUUAGGCACCAAAUUUAUGGUAAUCGAUGGUACAAGAGGAUGGAAUAUG